UGUCAAACUGAACCGAAAUAUAUUCAGCCAAUAUUUAUCCUUCUGAGUCAAAAUAUCCAACGCGUUCGCAAAACGUUUCUGCUACAGUGUUUAUUCGUUUCAUUUAUAGUUGUUUUGCCACAAUACGAGUGUAAAAGUUACUAAUCAACACGUAACGAAAUGUCAGACCUGGAAAAAUCCGCACUCCGAACGGCCAAGCGUAGCCACAGCAAAUCGCCCGUAGCAUCACGAAGAUCCCGCUCUCGCUCAACUAGCCGUACCAGAAGCCGCCGUGAGGGGAAAGUUUCCCGCAAGGAAACAGAACGCCGCUCUCGGUCACGAUCGCGAUCACGUUCUCGCUCGAGAAGCGUAGACAGAAGACGGCGUCGCAAUGACCGCAGGAAACCGAGUCGAUCCAGAUCGAGAUCCCGUUCCAGAUCCAGAAAUAGAGAACGAAGAGAUGGUCCGUCUCGCAGGAGGCGAGAUAAUCGAGACUCGUUGGAACCGGGAGAACGAUCCCGCAGCAGAAGUACCGAAAAGAAACAACCGGAAACCAAGAAGCCUGCUGGGAAGGAGGAUGGGGAUGAGGCGUUGCUGAAAAAUGAAAAGCCAGCAAUUCGAAGGACGGUGGAUUUGCUGACAUCGAAAACCGGUGGAGCGUACAUUCCUCCGGCUAAAUUACGAAUGAUGCAGGCGGAAAUCACGGACAAAACCUCGGCAGCUUAUCAGCGAAUCUCGUGGGAAGCACUGAAGAAGUCUAUCCAUGGAUACAUCAACAAAGUGAACGUUGACAACAUUGGAAUCAUUACCAGGGAAUUGCUGCGUGAGAACAUUAUUCGCGGUAGAGGUUUACUCUGUCGGUCGAUUAUUCAGGCCCAGGCAGCAUCGCCGACGUUCACCCAUGUGUACGGAGCGCUUGUGGCUAUUAUCAAUUCGAAGUUCCCGAAUAUUGGCGAAUUGCUGCUCAAGCGGCUGGUCAUUCAGUUCAAGAGAGGAUUCCGACGCAAUGACAAAAGCAUUUGCCUGUCGUCGUCCCGAUUCGUGGCGCACCUCGUAAAUCAGCGUGUGGCGCAUGAAAUUCUGGCGCUCGAAAUUCUUACCUUGCUGGUGGAGAAUCCAACCGACGAUUCGGUUGAGGUAGCUAUUGCUUUCUUGAAGGAAGUUGGCCAAAAGUUGACGCAGGUUUCGGGGAAAGGAAUCAAUGCCAUCUUUGAGAUGUUGAAGAAUAUUUUGCACGAAGGGAAGCUGGACAAGCGAGUGCAGUAUAUGAUUGAGGUGGUGUUUCAGAUUCGCAAGGAUGGCUUCAAAGAUCAUACGGCAGUGGUGGACGCGUUGGAGUUGGUGGAAGAGGACGAUCAAUUCACGCAUUUGAUUAUGCUGGACGAGGCCACAGAUUCUCAGGAUAUUUUGAAUGUUUUCAAGGUAGACAAUGAGUACGAGGAAAACGAAUCCAAGUACAAGGCAAUCAGCAAGGAGAUCCUCGGGAGUGAUGCGAGCGGUGACGAGGAUGAAGAGGGUGACUCAAGUGGUAGUGGAAGCGGCAGUGAUUCAGAUGAUGAAGAUGGAAGCGAUGACAAUGAUGGAGAAAAUGAUGGAGCACAGAAACAGUUAAUUGUGGAUAAUACAGAAACGAAUUUGAUUGCCCUGCGUCGGACAAUCUAUUUGACCAUCCAUUCCAGUUUGGAUUACGAAGAAUGUGCCCACAAGUUGAUGAAGAUGGAACUCAAACCAGGGCAGGAGCAGGAGUUGUGCCACAUGUUUCUGGAUUGUUGCGCUGAACAGAGAACGUACGAAAAAUUUUAUGGGUUGCUAGCGCAAAGGUUCUGCAUGAUUAACAAAACCUACAUCGAACCAUUCGAGCAGAUCUUCCAGGACACCUACACGACAACUCAUCGUUUGGACACGAAUCGACUUCGCAAUGUUAGCAAAUUUUUCGCCCAUUUGCUUUUCACCGAUUCCAUCAGCUGGGACGUGUUGCGAUGUAUUCGCUUGAACGAAGAGGAUACUACCAGUUCGAGUCGUAUCUUCAUCAAAAUUCUAUUCCAAGAACUGGCAGAAUAUAUGGGUCUGUACAAGCUGAAUGCACGCUUCAAGGAUCCCACACUGGCAGAGCCUUUCUCGGGUAUAUUUCCUCGGGACCACCCCAAAAAUACCCGCUUCUCGAUCAAUUUCUUCACAUCCAUUGGUUUGGGAGGUUUGACGGAUGAGCUGCGCGAUUUCCUCAAGCAUGCCCCCAAGCCGGUUAUCCAACCGGUGCCAGCUCCCGCUGCCGACGAAGAUGACGACCACUCAGCCGACUCUGACUCAUCGUCUUCGUCUUCAUCGUCGUCAUCCUCAUCUUCUGAUUCGAGUUCAAGCUCAUCCAGUAGCAGUUCCUCCGAUUCGGAGUCCGAAGACGAUCGAAGGAAGCGGAAAAAGAAAGACAAAGGCAAAAAACCGACCGAGAGCGCUAAGGAGAAGAAAACGAAGAAGUCAACAAGCGAACAAUACAGUAAAAACGGAAGCAAACGGCGAGAGCAAUCGGAAGAUGAUGAGGAUCACCACAGGAGCAGCAGCAGGUAUCAGGAGAAAAAUCGCGACCAGAGAGGACGUGAAGCUCGUGAUGAUCGUAGGGGGAAACAGUAUGAAGCCCGCGAUAGAUACGAACACGACAGGCGCAACGGGAGGGAAGAUAGACAACGCAAUGAACGAAAUAGCGACCGGGACAAGAGGAAGGAUCAGGACCGAUCGGCACGACAUCGACGAAGGAGCGGAGAAAGAUUUUAAAGUUUAUGAACUUUUUGUAAUUUGGAUGAAAUAUACAGACGAAAUUGUGUUUCAGCAGAAA